UGUUACUAAUACUGACUGAUUACUCAGCAGCCGGAGAUGCAGGAGAAGAGCCGAGCUCCGGCCGAGGACUGCCCUGAGGUCGAUGCAGAAAACAGGAUUCCAUUGAAAGCAGGUGAAAAAUGUGAGACCCCAAGAAAGUCCUUCUUACAGCGUUAUGGAAGAAGUGUGACCGUCCCCCUUUGGCUCCUCCUGCUUCUACUGGUUAUUAUCAUAUUAACCAUUGUUCUACUGCUCGUCCUUGUUGGCACAGGUGAAUGUCCGGCCCCUGUGACCACCCCCUCUGACCCCUGUGACGACGGCUGGAUCUGGUACAAGAAAAAGUGUUAUUAUUUCUCCACAAGUAUUACCGAGUGGGAGAAGAGCCAGGAGUUCUGUGUCUCCAGGAAUGCUACUCUUGCCAUUAUAGACUUAAGACAUGAGCUGGAUUUCAUAAUCCGAUUUAAAGGGUCUUCUGAUCAUUGGAUUGGUCUGAAAAGAGAAUAUGACGGAAGCCCGUGGCUUUGGACAAAUGGCUCAGUCUUUAACAAUAUGUUCCCGAUCGUCGGUGUUUCGGACUGUGUGCUGGUGAACAGCGGUCGCAUCUCCAGCGCUUCCUGUCACUCGGAUAAACACUGGAUCUGUAACAAGCCCGACGCUCACAAUUCUCAUUUUUAAUAGGAGACGCUAUAAGACCAAGUGCACAGAUAUAUGCAGUUGCCUUGAUGGCCCUUCUCCCCAAUGCAAGGCUACACUGCACUGACGAGUCCCAAAAAGGCUGAAAUAUUUGUGCAGGUGCUAGGGAGGGUCUCCAGCUGAUUCGCUCAGUUGAGCAUCUUGGAUCUUUGAGUCGUAUUCUGCAAAUCAGUUCCCAAGGAACGGAAGAGAAGCUUUUGUAAAUUAAUUCGCCCUUUGUAUCCCGCUGGCUCCGUGGACAAACUGGGUGAAGCUGGUGCAGUAGUAUUCAUUUUUUUUUAGAGUUUGUAUUGUCUGUGCCUCGUGGGCUGUGGUUUGCACUGAAGUCGUCUGCGGGGGUGUAGAUACUUCCUGCACGAGUAUUUUUACUACUGUCGCCUUCUCUGGCAUGAUGUGCUCAGUGAGCAUCGUGUCCGAGCGAUAUGUGAUCAUCAGCCCUCUGCCACGGAGGCACGGCUGCAGUGGUCACGUAUCGGGACGGCUGUAGUGUCGGCUUCA